UUUUAUGAGUGUGAUUUAAACUGAAGGAGGACCCGUGGGACAGGAGAGUGCGUCAUGGAUUUGAGUACAUUCGAUAUAGACGCCCCGCGAUGGGACCAGUCUACCUUCAUGGGGCGACUCAAACACUUCUUCAACAUCACAGACUGUCGGACGGCACUGCUGCCCGACUCCAGACUGGAUGAGGCCAAAGCUUUAGUGGAGAGCUGCAGGGCGGGGUCUGUGCCUCCAGGGACCACUGAGGAACAGCUUUACUACGCCAAGAAGCUCUAUGACUCCGCCUUUCACCCUGACACGGGAGAUAGAAUGAACCUGAUUGGCCGCAUGUCGUUCCAGGUGCCUGGGGGCAUGGCUAUCACUGGUUUUAUGCUUCAGUUUUACAGGACGGUACCUGCCGUGGUGUUUUGGCAGUGGGUGAACCAGUCAUUUAACGCCUUGGUCAACUACACCAACCGCAAUGCUGCCUCACCCAUCACUCCAAAACAAAUCGGAGUCGCUUAUGCAACGGCGACCAGCACCGCACUAGCCACCGCCGUAGGCCUGAACCUCUACACUAAGAGGGCUCCCCCUCUGGUGGCGCGCUGGGUACCGUUUGUUGCCGUGGCAGCGGCCAACUGUGUCAAUAUUCCAAUGAUGAGACAACAGGAGAUCCUUAAUGGUAUUGCUGUCACAGAUGAAAACGGAAACAAACUGGGCCACUCUCGGAAAGCAGCCAUCAAAGGCAUCACCCAGGUGGUCAUCUCUAGGGUUACCAUGGCAGCACCAGGAAUGAUCAUCCUGCCCAUCAUAAUGCAGCGUUUGGAGAGAUACAGAUUCAUGCAGAAAAUCACUUUCCUUCACGGACCUUUACAAGUCAUGAUGGUGGGAGUGUUUUUAAUCUUCAUGGUGCCUGCAGCCUGUUCCCUGUUCCCACAACAAUGUUCCAUGGCUGUGUCCAAAUUGGAGCCUGAACUACGAGAUUCCAUCAUCUCCCAGUACGGAGACCGCGUCAGCUAUGUCUACUUCAACAAGGGCUUAUGAGCUGUCCUCUCUCUCUGAAUUGCCUUUAUAGCAACAGGGACACGCCCACCUUGUCAACCGUGGGCCAAUCGUGGGUCUCACUAGGAGGACUUGUCCAAUAGGAGUUUGGUGGGAGGCACACACAGUGCGCUAACAACUUGUCUUUUUUUUUUUUGGUUUUGUUUCUUAUGUUUUUCUUUGUAUUUUUUUUUUGUUCAAAUGUUUUGAGAGAAUCAUUGUAGCAAUGGCAUUGAUAUUUGAGGGGAAACUUUUUUUUUUUUUUUUUUUAGCAUG